AUGACGUCCCCGAUUGCCGUAGUUGGUAUGGCAUGCCGCCUACCUGAUGAUGUCUCGUCCCCGGAGGAGCUUUGGAAGGUGAUUUUAGAAAAACGAGACACCUGCUCCGAGCCGGUCGACAGAUGGAACCCCGGUGGCUUCCACGAUCCCGGGGGGAGCAAGGCUCAUUCAACGGCGUCCAGAAAAGCGCAUUACAUGACCAGGGACGUCAUGGCUUUUGACGCGGCGUUUUUCAACAUCAACGCCGUCGAGGCGUUGUCGAUGACUCCCGAGCAGCGCAUUGUGAUGGAGGUUACCUACGAGGCUCUGGAAAGCGCCGGUCUGACUUUAGAUGACGUUGCCGAUUCCAGAACCGGCUGUUAUAUCGGGACCGGUGGAACCGAAUACCGCCCUAUAAUCGACAUGGACACGGAGAUAGCCCCCCGCUACAGCGCCAUCGGCUUGGCCCAUGAGAUGCCCGCAAACCGCGUGUCCUGGUUUUAUAAUCUGAAGGGCCCAAGUCUGACGCUCUCGACAGCGUGCAGCUCCAGCAUUACAGCAAUUCAUACGGCGUGCCAAGGACUGAUUUUGGGGGAGACAGACAUGGCUGUGGCAGGGGGUGUAAACAUGAUCCUGAACCCAACCAUGCUGGUUUACCUCAACAUGAUGGGUAUGACCUCGCCAGAGGGCCAUUGCAAAUCGUUCGACGCGUCCGCCGAUGGGUACAGCCGUGGUGAGGGCUGUGGCAUCGUGAUACUCAAGCGGCUCGACGACGCCAUCAGAGACAACGACCCCAUCCGCGCCGUCAUCCGCGGAACCGGCGUCAACUCGGACGGGUAUACCCAGGGCUUCACCAUGCCCAGCGCGGAGUUCCAGGCUGCACUAAUCAGGGAGGUGUACCGGAAGGCGGACCUGGAUAUGGCCGACACGCAACUUGUCGAGUGCCAUGGCACCGGCACCAAGGUGGGCGACCCGAUAGAAACCAAGGCGAUUUACGAGACGUUGGGCCGAAAGAAGAGUCACGCGCAGCCACUUGUUAUAGGGAGCGUGAAGCCCAAUAUUGGACACCUGGAAGCCGCAUCGGGCGUUGCGUCACUUAUCAAAUCGAUAUUGGCCCUGGAGAAGGGCCAAAUCCCUCCGCAGGCUUUCUUCACCACCCCGAACCCGUCGAUUCCCUUGUCGGAGUGGAACCUAAAAGUGCCAACGACGCUGAUGCCUUGGCCAAGCACAAAAGGCGGCCGCAGGCGGGUAAGCAUCAACAACUUUGGCGUUGGCGGGACGAAUACGCAUGCCAUUCUCGAGAGUGCGCCCCCGCGCGGCAUCCAAGCCCCCGCGGCCAAGAAGAAGCGACUCUUCGUGCUGAGCAGCCAGGACCGCAACGGCAUGGUGCGGGUGGCCCAAUCCCUGGCUGGCUACCUGGGCAAACACGCCGCCGCCGCCGCCGGUAGCUCGGCUGCGCAUGAGGCCAGUCUUGCGUAUACCCUUGGGUCCAAACGGUCGCGUCUGCCGUGGAAAACCUUUUGCGUUGCCAGUGGAUCAACCGAUCUGCGGUCUGGCCUCCUCGCGGUGACGGGCGACGAGGCCAUCAGGUCCAGCGCCACGGGACGGAUCGGGUUUGUCUUCACGGGCCAGGGGGCCCAAUGGCCAAAGAUGGGUCUCAGAUUACUCGAAUUUGACGUGUUCAGACGCACCUUGGAGAAAUGCCAGGAGUACCUGAACGAGCUGGGCUGCUCUUGGGACGCCGCAGAGGAACUGGGCAAGCCGACGGAAACCAGCCUGGUCACAAGGCCCGAAAUGAGCCAGCCACUGUGCACGAUACUGCAGCUCGGCAUCGUCGACCUCCUGGACUCGUGGAACAUCUCGCCCACCAGAGUGGUGGGUCAUUCGAGCGGCGAGAUAGCAGCGGCGUACUGUGCCGGCUUCAUCACGGCGCGAGAGGCCGUUGAAGUGGCCUACCGACGUGGCGAGCUGUCCGCCGCGCUCACCAGUGGCACACAUAAAGAGAAUGCCGAGGGGGGGGGCAUGCUCGCGGUUGGCUGUUCGCGCGAGAAGGCCGAGAGGUUGAUCGCAGAGGUAACCACAGGCUAUCUUACUGUUGCGUGCGUGAAUUCGCCGUCCAACGUCACGAUAUCAGGCGACGUGGCUGCUAUCGAAGAACUACACAACAUGCUCAAAAAGACGUCCAUGUUUGUCGCCCGUCUCAAGGUCGAGGUCGCCUACCACUCGGAACACAUGCAGGCCAUCUAUCCCGACUAUGUCCGGUCUAUUUCGCACAUCCGUCCGUCCGGCACAGGCAGGGAACAUGUAACCAUGGUCUCGAGCGUGGUCGCCGCAGAGUUGGACGCCCAGGCUGUGAACGGCUUCUAUUGGGGCCGCAACCUGGUCUCGCCCGUCUUGUUUUCCGACGCGCUGGCGGAGUUGGUCAAGCCGGCCGACGGCGGCCCGGCCUCCUCGGUGGACCUGCUGGUCGAGAUCGGACCGCACGGCGCGCUCAAGUCGAGCGUCCAGGAGAUCCUCGCGGACAAGAACGUCAAGGACGUUGCGUACAUGUCAAGCUUGUCCCGCGGCAAGGAUGACCAGGCCUCUUUGUUAAGCCUGGCCGGUAACUUGUUUACGUUUGGGGCUGCCAUCGACAUUUCCAGAGUCAAUAACGACGGAGAACCCGUGCCCCUCCUCACCGACCUGCCGCCGUACCCCUGGCAGCAUUCCAAACGCUUCGACGCCGACACCCGCAUACAUCGUGAGUACGCCAUGCGACCCUAUCCGGCGUCCAACUUGCUGGGCGCACCGAUGCCUUCGGUUGGACCAAAGGAACACGUCUGGCGUGGUUACCUCCGCGUAGACGAAGAAAGGUGGGCGAGCGACCACAAGCUCUCUGGUAUGGUCUUGUACCCUGCCGCCGGAUUCGUGGCCAUGGCCUUGGAGGGCGCUCGCAGACUGGCUGAUGCUGGCCGCAAGAUACGUGUCCUCAAGCUACGCGAUGUGGUCUUCGGCCGGGUCGCCAUUGUUGGCCAAGAGACGCCAACCGAGUUUGUCCUGCACAUCCGGCCACCCAUGCUCGGCGGCAACUCGGCGGCGGCUUCGGGCACGACUGGGUGGCUCGAGUUCAGGAUUUCAUCUUCCGAAGGGCCCGACAUUGCAUUACGGGAGAACUGCCACGGCCUCGUACGCAUCGAGUAUUACGCAGGCACCGACACCGAUCACACAUAUGAACAAGAGGCAACGGACCGGGAGGAGAAGGCCAUCUUCGCAUCUUCCCUGGCCGCGUACGAAGCCGCGGUGGCCGCUUGCCAGUAUAAGCUGCCGGUCGACGACUUCUACCGGGACGCCGCCGAAGCCGGUUUCCAGUUCGGCCCGUCCUUCAAAAACCUGACCGAUAUACACUUCCGUCCUGGCGAAACUGUUUUCGAGAUGCACAUCGCCAACCCGGGUAACACCCCUGGCACAGGACAGCCCGGGAACCGGCCACACCUAAUUCAUCCCACGACCCUGGACACGAUAUUGCAGACCCCGAUCGCGGCCUCGUACCGAGGUAGACGCCUGCCCGUCUCUGAACUGAUGAUCCCCACGUCCAUUCAAGAGCUCGAGGUCUCUCCCGAUUUACCCUUCGACGCCGGGACGCCCUUGAAGGGCUUUACCACGUUCAAACCCCACAGGCGUGAUGAGCUGCACACGACGAUGGACGUGUUCGACGAGGGAUUAUCGCAGCCCUAUGUCAGAAUCCGUGGUUAUCGAUGUAUGAUCCAGGAGGGUGUUGCCAUCAACACCACCACCAGCGAUGGUAAUGCUUCCGAUACGAAGCCUGGAUUGUGUUACUCGACGCGGUGGAAAACCUCCUUUAACCUCCUUCAUACAGAGAGCGAGCUCACGAGAGCGGUCGCAAGUGCGGGCCAGACAGCCAACGACAAGCUGGUGGAGAUUGCGAGCAUGAUCCUUCACGAGUCUCCCAACACCACUGUUCUGGAGGUCCUGACCGCAAAGGACGGAAGCGGUACAAUAAUGUCCAGGGUUGUCCCGUCGUGCCGGCCGCAGCAGACAAAGUACGGUGCUCUCGCCGGAUCGCCCAUCCCUGCUGUCGUGGACGGAGAGGUCCUAGAUCUGAAGUUUGGCGAGGCCGUGGCCCCAGAGGCCCGUUUUGAUCUCGUCAUCUUGGGUCAGGACUACCGCGAAAGUCCCGACGUCCAAAACGGCUUGCAUCAUCUUUUUGACCAUGUAAAGCAAGGCGGCCGCCUUAUUUGUGGCUUUGACUACGACCAGUUAGGCGGUCCAGCGCCCAAAAGCUCCCAGGCUCGCGUCCUGGGACGUGGCAGCGACUCCUCUGUCACCAUCUUUUCUGCCCCGACAUUGGCCAGCGAGCAGCACGUUCCCGACGCCGACGAUGGAGAUGCCGCCUCCGUCAUGGAAAAGGUGCUUGUCCUCCAGCCACCAGCGCCAACCGCGGCUGUUCAGUCCUUGUCAAACGAGCUGGUCGACAUCCUUCAAAGUCAGGGACUCCAGGCUGAUACCGUUACCUGGACGGAACUGGCCUCGGCAGUAUCUGCGAAUCACGUCGUCGUCAGCUUGCUCGAAUUAGACAAGCCAUUCAUGGAAAACCUGUCCAGUUCGGAUUAUCGCCUUGUCCAAGACCUGAUAAUCAAGUCGACCACUCUUCUCAGCCCGUCUGGUUUCAUCAUUGACGGCGCCAUGCGCGUUGCUAGACGUGAACUCGGCAACUACAAACUCAAGAUUUUGCACCUGUCUUCGCUCAAACACGGGGCUUCCCUCGCGGCCAAAGUCUUGGCCAGUGCCCAACCGGAAACCGAGUUCCUUGAAGAUGGCAAUGGUCUACUCCAAGUCGGUCGGGACCGUCAACUCAACACCGAGAUUGCAUCGUACGCAGGGACCGGCACCCACAUGGACUGUGGAUUCCCCGUCACCCUCGACGUCUCUAAGCCUGGAGUUGCCGAUUCUCUGCACUUCAGGCCAAGAGAGAAACAGCCUCAACUUGGAGAGAAUGAGGUCGAGAUCUCUAUAAAAGCAUCUGGAGUGAAUUGCCGGAAUGUCGUGAUUUCAUUAGGUCUAACCGUUGGUUUUCAGCCCGGAUACGAAGGUGCAGGCGUUGUCCUAAGGACAGGAAGCAGAGUUACCAGCGUUAAAUCUGGCGACCGCGUCAGCGCACACAUUCUUGGUUCCUCCCACACCACCGUGGCCCGCACGCUCGACGUCAUGUGCGCCAAGAUGCCCGAUAACAUGUCCUUUGACGAGGGCGCAGCGCUACCUGUGGCCUUCACAAUUGCCUACCACGCGCUUGUGGACGUCGCUAGGCUGCGCCCGAAGCAAUCGGUGCUCAUUCAUGCCGCAGCAGGUGGUGUUGGGCAGGCUGCCAUCCAGAUAGCACGGCAUCUAGACCUCACCUUGUACGUGACGGUUGGAUCGGAUGACAAGAAAGCCCAUGUUAUGAAAGAGUACGGCUUACUGGAGGACCACGUCUUCGACUCGCGUGGCGAAAGCUUUGCCCUGGGUGUCCAACGCAUCACGGGUGGCCGCGGAGUUGACUGUGUGUUGAACUCUCUCUCGGGCGAACUCCUCCGUCAGUCACUGUCCUGCCUCGCGCCUCUUGGCACAUUCGUCGACUUGGGCAGUCACGACAUCAGCGAGAACACCAGUCUUGGCAUGUCACCCCCCGUUACUUCUGGGACCACCUUCAGCCGCCUGAACCUCGACUUGCUGUUCAAUAACCCCGACCUUAUGGCGGAAACUUGGCGCAAGGCCUUCGACCUGAUCCGAAACGGGGUGGCGCAUGCUCCAACGCCGUUGGUGGUAAACCCCAUCCACAAGGUCCAAGACGCCCUCCGGCUCGUCCAAAGCGGCAAACACUACGGCAAGGUUGUGCUAUCUUUUGAGCAAGAUGGCCAAGUGCCGGUGAUGCGGGGCCCUGAAGCUGGAGCUGCCCUGCAACUCGACUCGUCUGGCACGUAUUUGCUGGUUGGUGGCCUGGGAGGUCUGGGCCGGUCCCUGGCGCAGAUGCUUGUGGAUUGUGGUGCUCGCAAUAUAGCCUUCAUCUCACGUUCCGGAGCCGUGUCGCCGUCCGCCAAAGCUGUUGUCGAAUCGCUCUCCUCACGGCCUGGAGUGAGCGUCAAGGCCUACGCCGCCGACGCUACCAACAAGAAGUCGCUUGACGCCGCCCUGGAGAGCUGUAGGAGUGAGCUGCCAGCAAUCAAAGGCGUCGUACAAAUGGCCAUGGUUCUCCGCGACGCCGUGUUUGAAAACAUGAGCUUCGACCAGUGGACGGGAGCAACUGGGCCAAAAAUUGAAGGGACUCGGAACCUACACGAGUGUUUUGGCCCAGCCCACCACCCCCUGGACUUUUUUAUAAUGUGCUCGUCCUUGUCCGGCGUCAUCGGCAACCGCGGCCAGGCCAACUACGCAGCCGGGAACACUUACCAGGAUGCCCUGGCGUUCCACCGUCGAUCCCAUGGCUUGAGAGCCUGUGCCGUGGACCUGGGAAUUAUGCGCGACGUGGGUGUACUGGCCGAGACUGGAACGGCUGGUGAUUUGACUGGUUGGGAAGAACUCCUUGGUAUCAGAGAGACCACGUUCCAUGCGCUCAUGAAAACUAUCAUCAACAAGGAGCAGCAACAACGCUUAGAUGGCAACCAGGCGUUGAGUUCCCCCGCUCAGGUAACCGUCGGCCUGGCCACCGCCCGCGUUUUCCAAGCAGCCGGGCUUAACCUGCCGGACUGGCUGACUGAAGACGCGCGCUUCGGCCACCUAUCAGCUAUUCGCUAUGAUACGGAUACUGCCGCGGACAAGGACAACACAGACGUGGCCAAAGAAACAAUCGCCUCGUUGCCGGCGAAACUCGCGACCUGCAAAACCCUCGACGAGGCCUUGGAUGCAAUGGUCGGCGGGCUGAUUGAGAGGGUUGCCGGCAUUGUAUCGAUUCCCGUUUCCGAGGUCGAUUCCAACAGGCCCAUGUACAAGUACGGAGUUGACUCCCUGGUGGCAAUGGAGAUCAGGAACUGGAUCCAACGGGAUAUCAAAGCAGACAUUUCCCUUUUCGAUGUUUUAGAGGCGGUACCUCUAACCAAGUUCGCAGAAAAGGUGGUUUCAAGGACUAAGCUUUGUAAGAUUUAAUUCUAAGGUGAUGACGAAAAAGGAUUCGUAGUGGGAAAUAUACAGUGCCUAAACUGCAGGUAUUACGCU